AAAUCUGAGCCUCUGCCCCACUGCUGGGGCUGGGGGAGAGGCUGCGUGGGGGUCGGGUGGCGAGGCCGGGCACAGCUGGCACGGAGCAGCCCAUCGCAUCCCGGCACGGUGUCAGCCCCUGCGGUGCUCCGCGUCCCGGUGGAGGCGGACGCACUCGGAGAUCUGCGGCGGCGUUUCCCCAUUCGCGGGCUGCGGUACGGCCCGCGCUGACGGCCCUGGCACGGGGGCCCCCCGGUGACGCAGCGCGGGGCGGCCUAGGGCAAACACGGACUGUUUGCUCAGCGGCGCCGGGCACGGCGUGCGGCUAUAAGAGCGGCCCUCGGCGCAUCCCGAACGCAUCCAGAGCGCCACCCGAAGCGCCCUCAGCGCACAAUGCCGCGCUUCGUAGCAGAACCGCUGUCACGUGACACCACCCGGCGUCAGGUCAGCACCGCGGCCUUUCCGCAGAGAGUGAAGGUGGUGGAGGUGGGGCCGCGCGACGGGCUGCAGAACGAGAAGACCGUGGUGCCGACGCCGGUGAAGAUCCGCCUGAUCGACAUGUUGUCGGAGACGGGGCUGCCGGUCAUCGAGGCCACCAGUUUCGUGUCCCCGCGAUGGGUGCCGCAGAUGGCUGACCAUGCUGAAGUCAUGCAGGGAAUCAAUAAGUUGCCUGGUGUGAGUUACCCAGUGCUGACCCCCAACUUGAAAGGAUUCCAGGCAGCGGUGGCAGCAGGGGCCAAAGAAGUGUCCAUCUUUGGAGCAGCAUCUGAGCUCUUCACAAAGAAGAACAUUAAUUGCUCCAUAGAGGAGAGUCUGGAGAGAUUCAGUGAAGUAAUGAAUGCUGCAAGAGCAGCCAGCAUCCCUGUCCGUGGAUAUGUUUCAUGCGUCCUUGGAUGUCCCUAUGAAGGGAAGAUUUCUGCAGCUAAAGUUGCAGAGGUCUCAAAGAAGAUGUACUCGAUGGGAUGCUAUGAGAUCUCCCUUGGUGAUACCAUUGGCAUCGGGACCCCAGGGAGCAUGAAGGAGAUGCUGGCAGCGGUCAUGAAAGAAGUGCCAGUGGGGGCUCUUGCUGUUCACUGCCAUGAUACCUAUGGGCAAGCCCUUGCCAACAUCUUGGUGGCACUUCAGAUGGGUGUGAGUGUGGUUGAUGCUUCUGUUGCUGGCCUUGGAGGCUGCCCCUAUGCCCAGGGAGCAUCGGGAAAUGUUGCUACAGAGGACCUGGUGUACAUGCUUAAUGGCCUGGGCAUCCACACGGGUGUGGACCUUCAGAAGCUGAUGGACACCGGCACCUUUAUUUGCAAUGCUCUGAACAGAAGAACCAAUUCCAAAGUGUCCCAGGCCGCAUGCAGACUGUGAUGUACCCGAGGGGGGUUUGGCUGUGGGUCAAGGACAGUGUAGCUGUUUGCCAGCCCUGCUCCCUCCACGGUGCUGCCUUUGGGGCUCCUCCCAGGCCUGGAGCAGGAGAUAAAGUGCAUAAUCUGAUGGAAUUUCUGAAGAAAUGAAAAAUGGGAAUGUUUUCCUGAGAUCUCGGAGGAGGGGGGAGAGAAGAGGCAGCUGCUGUGCGGCUGCAGGUGAUGGGCUCAGCACCAGUGCUGCCAUUGUGAUUUGGGUACCAGGAGGAGCGAUUGGCCUUCUCCGUGGUGCUCAGCACUAUGAAAACCUUCAGUAUCUGUUGUAAGAUACUUCUAAGUACUCGGAGUAAUAGACACAUUGUUUGAUUUAAACUAAUAAAGAUGUCGUUUAAUGA